CAGGAGGUGACAGGAUGGCGAGCGAGCGGCUGCGCGGUGCCCAGGACCUGUUGGAUCUCACCUUCCAGUCGCUGGCCAUGCAACACAUGGACCUGAAACAAGUGGAACUGGACACGGCGGUGGCCAAAGUGGACGAACUCUCCCGACAACUCGAAUCCCUCUGGACCGACGGUCCCGGACCCCCCAAGGAGCCGUACAGCCCCAGCCGGACCCGCUCGCCCCUCGGCCGGAGGAGCCUGGCACCGGAGACCCCCGAGCUGCCCGGAGACGCGUUGGGGCGCCCCGGUUCCCCCCCGGACCCCCCAUUAUCUCCCGGGGGAGGAUCGGGCCCCCUCGCCCCGACCCAAGGUCUUGGCGGUUCCCUACGAGGGGUUGACGCUCCCCAGCCCGGGGGGCCGACGGGCGCCCUCGCCCGGCCCCCCGCGCCCCCACCCUACGAGAUGCACGGGCUGUACCCCUCCGUCAGCAGCCCCACCGUCACCUUCCGGGCGCAGGAUGACCUCAUGAUCAAGCGGCGGCCCCAGAAGAGCUGGAACGAGUCCGACCUGGACGUGGCCUAUGAGAAGAAACCCCCCGGCUUGGGGGGCUACGACCGCAGCGGCGAGGGGCAGCCGGGGCUGCGGCCGUCCCUGGGGUUGGCGCUGGCACCCUGGAGGGAGUCGAGCCUGGACGGGGCGGGCGGACAGGGCAAGGACGGCGCCUAUGGGGGGCACAGCGCCACGCUGCCCCGAAACUACAAAGUGUCCCCAUUGGCGGGCGAGCGACGGGCGGAGGGACCCUUUCGCCGUUCGGGUCCCGGCACCCUGCCCCGCGGGUGGCAUUUCUCCCAGCAGCCCGUCUCCCGCAUCCCCGUGCCCCCCCAGGGAUCCGGGCGCCCCGUGCCCCCCGAGACCGUCCCGCCGGAGGGAGAGCCGGAGCUGGAGCGGCUGCUGCAGGGUGGGGAGACAGAGGGGCUGGAGAGGCCGCUCAGCCCCACACGGCUGCAGCCCCUCCUGCCCCCCGAGGCCCAGCGGGUCCCCGAGUUCGAGGAGGUGGCGCGGGUGCUGGCCGAGAUGCCACGGCCCCUCAAGCGCCGUGGCUCCAUGGAGCAGUGCCCAGGGCCGGCGCUGCCACCCACCCGCACCCGCCAGUACCAGCAGCUCAUCACCCGCCUCCUGCAUCGCCCGCCCCGCCGCGACGAGCCCCCGGUCCCCGGUGACGCCGGUGCCUCGCCCGACCUGCCACCCCCUACUCCGGCGGCCCCCGAGGCUCGGCCACCCCGCCACAGCCCACCGCCGCAGUCCCCCAGCAGCCCCGAACGGCGCUCGGCCCUGCGGGACCCCUCCUCACCCCGUAGGCGCCCCGGGGCCCGCGUGCGCCUCAACCCCCUGGUGCUGCUGCUGGAUGCAGCCCUGACCGGGGAGCUGGACGUGGUGCAGCAGGCGGUGGCUGAGCUGAACGACCCCAGCCAGCCCAAUGACGAGGGCAUCACGGCGCUGCACAACGCCAUCUGCGGCGCCAACUACAGCAUCGUCGACUUCCUCAUCGCCAGCGGGGCCAACGUCAACUCCCCCGACAGCACGGCUGGUGGGACGGGGGACGGGGGACCCACUGACAUGGGGACGCCGCUUCACUGCGCCGCCUCCUGCAACGACACGGGGGUGUGCGUGGCCCUGGUGCGCCACGGCGCCGCCAUCUUCGCCACCACCACCAGCGACGGCAGCCUGGCCGUGGAGAAGUGCGACCCGUACCGGGAGGGCUACGCCGACUGCUACAACUACCUCACCGAGGUGGAGCAGAGCAUGGGGGUGCUGAACAGCGGGGUGGUGUACGCGCUGUGGGACUACAGCGCCGAGUUCGGGGACGAGCUGUCCUUCCGCGAGGGCGAGCCCGUCACCGUCCUGCGCCGCCAGCCCCAGGAGGAGCUCGACUGGUGGUGGGGGUCCCUCUACGGCCACGAGGGCUACGUCCCCCGCAACUAUUUCGGGCUCUUCCCCAGGGUGCGGCCGCAGCGGAAGAAGGUCUGAGGGGGGACCCUGAAGACAUGGGGGGGGCCUGGAGCCGGCCCCGGCCCCCGCAGCCGCUUGGGUGCAUGGGUCCCCU